GCCAUGGCCAAAACAUAAAUGACCUCGUGUCAUCUGCGAAUUUCCACGAGUAUCACCGCUUUCAAUACGAACAAUGAUUCGCGCGGAAAGUCGCGUGAAAACUCGCAGUGGUCGCGUUCGCGUUCGUGUUCGCGCUCAGUAUAAAAGUGACUGUCAUCGUCGCUUAAAUGUUUUGUUUACCAACAUUUCCACAUGGUCGCUUCCUUUAAACGUUUGAAACUCCAUCUCACCAACGCUUUUCCACUGUCCCAGCCUUGUGAAGUGACUGAAGGAUGAUACCCGUAGUCGAUUUGGCCCCAUAUUCCCUGUCCAUCUCUUCAGACCAAGUGGACGUCACUACCCUCCGUAACAUUGCAGAAGAACUGUGCAAAGCUUUCACAACGGUUGGAUUUGCAUAUUUGAAGAACCACGGGUUGCCACAGAAUAUUAUAGAUGAGACUUUUGCCAUUUCGAAGACCUUUUUUGAAAAUCCAGUUGAUGUCAAACAGAACUACGCAAGACCGGUGGACGAGAACCAUGGCUGGGUGUCUCUGGAGAGAGAAAAACUGAACCCGGAAAGACCCGCAGCUGAUUUGAAAGAGGCGUAUAAUAUGAUGUUGGUAGAUGAUCCACGUAGCAUGCCUUUGGAUAUCCUCCCAGACUUUUAUAAUGUGUACAAGGCGAUGUAUACGUCAGCGCAGGAACUGGGAAGCAGAGUUUUGGACUUGAUGUCCAUUGGUCUGGACAUAGACCGAACGUUCCUCAGAGAAUGUCAUAAAGGAAUGGGCAAGAAGGGAAACCAUACAACCCUGCGGUCUCUGUAUUAUCCCCCCAUAUCUAAAGAAAUAGGUGUGAAGCCCGGACAGGUGCGCUGUGGGGAGCAUUCAGACUACGGGUCCAUCACUCUCCUGUUUCAGGACGACAUCGGUGGACUAGAGGUAAAACCAAAAGGAUGUGAUUACGUACCCGCUUCUCCAAUACCCGGCACUAUUUUGGUCAACAUUGGAGAUCUGAUGCAGGAAUGGACAGCAGACAGACUGACAGCGACGAAACACCGUGUUCUUAUCCCAGAGGAGGAGGCACUGCUAAAGAAAGGGCGACAAUCAUUAGCAUUCUUCAUUCACCCGGACGAUGAAGUCAUGAUAGAGUGUUUGGACGGUUCAGGAAAAUACGAAGGAGUGUCCAGCAUAGACUAUCUAAACAUGCGCUUCGCUGAAACGUACAACAGAGAAGUUCUGCUUCUGUUCGUCAUAAUAAGGGCUGUGAAUCCACAGAUUUUUGAUUGUCCAACUGAGUGGUUCACGUCCAACAAUGUCUGCUACAAAUUUGUAUUUGAUCCCAAGGCAACAUAUGAAAAAGCCCGGGAACAGUGCUCGUUACUUGGUACAAGCUUACUGUCUGUGAAAUCCAGAGAAGAAAAUGACUUUAUUGAUGGCUGGUUACGAAAUAAUGACUACUUUAGGAACACGUGGUUGACGACGGGUCAGCGUAGUAGGGAGAAUCCGGGCACAUACGCAUGGGACGGGGACUUUACUAACAACAGGAUUCCCCAAGACAUGCAAUUCUGGCUCCCCAGUGAUCAGACCCACCUUACACCCACCGCCAAACAGGAUGACAUCAUCGUAUACAAGUUUGACGGCGUUUCAUAUGGCUGGGCAGUGGGUAGCAAGCUAGACGAGCUGUCAUUCGUGUGUGAAAUUAGCCAAACCGAGGCCUACAAACUCAGUCAAGAGAAAAGAGGUUUUGACUAUGGUGUUCCCUACACCGAAUUGGAGAACAUCAAAAAGGGGCCAAAGUUUGAGCUACAACCCGAAGAUCUGACCGUUAUUACAAGAUCAACGUUUGUUACCAUAGAAACAAUAGCUAUUGGAAACCCACAACCAGGAUAUACAUGGAAGCGAUUUCGUGGUUCCAACACAACCAUAAAUUCCCUGGAAAAUGCAGAAACGAUUUCCUCUGCGCUGGAUACUCGUUAUACCCUGACCAAUGGAAAAUUUACGAUAGAGAAACCAGAAGAAAAUAUUGAUGCUGGUAUUUACCAAUGUCUAGUGGAGAAUGAGAAGGGCGCUGUUCUCAGUAAUCCGGUGGCGAUUACGUUCGGAUUUUUGGGAGAAUUUUCUAACGUCAAAGAUGCCGAUGUAAAUGCCAAGGAAUAUGAUGGGGCGGUGAUGCAGUGUAGCAAUAUAGCCUAUAAACCAGCUGUGGUCUUCAACUGGCAGAGAGAGUUGAAUGGGAUCCCCCGACCAAUCAUCAAGACGAUGACGCCCUACGUCUUCAUGUCUUACAAUGGAAACCUGUACUUCUCAGAAGUGACCGGAGUAGAUGAUAAUAACUAUUACUGUCAGGUGUCUCUAACCAGUCUAACAACCCGUAAUGUCGGGGACAUACAGUCCGGAAGCAAGACCAGCAUCCCCAUCAAACUCAACGUCCUGACCCAGGCUGCAAAAACUGAAUGGGGUCCAGAUAUUCAAGAUGAUUUCAUCAACGUCUUCCCCAAACCUCCUCUGAAAGGACAUAAUGUUCGAAUGGAAUGCUUUGCCUACGGAUCAGCCAAUAACUAUGUCCAGAUGUGGCGUUACUCCUGGAGCAGAGAGGGAAAACCUAUGCCUGAAAACUCGGAAAUGUCUGAUUUCAAUCGUGUUUUGACCAUUAAAAACGCUCGCUUGGAAGACCAGGGGAACUAUAUAUGUCACGUGAAACGUGGAAAUAAGGCCAGGGACAGUAAAACGAUUGCUCUGAGGUUGGAAGCCACGCCAUACUUCAUCAUCCCCCUUGAAGACCAGCACGUUGACAAAGGUUCCCAGUUGACGUGGAGAUGCGAGGCCAUGGGAUAUCCACAGCCUGUGUACUCGUGGUAUAGAAACGGCGUCUUCCUGCAGCCCAAUACCAACGCUGAUUACGUCAUAUCCGGGAACGUGCUGACGAUUCCUACUCUGGAUGAGAAGCACAAUGGAAUGUACCAGUGUGCUGCCACCAAUGUCCACGGGACGACCAUGUCUGCAGGGCAACUCAGAGUUCUUCAGUUUGCUCCUACCCUACAAAAAUAUCCUGUUCAAUCCCACAUGGUGGGGGCCCUGAGAGGCGAAAUUAUCAUCAUGUGCAAACCAGAGGCCGCACCCUCCCCCACAAUCACGUGGACGAAGAAUAAUAUCAAUCUGACUCCAGACGGCAACCGAAUUAAAAUGAUGCCUAACGGAAACUUGCAGAUUAGAGACCUCACAUAUGGUGACGCAGGUUUCUAUACGUGUGUUGCUGAUAAUGGAAUUCAACCGUCGGCAAGAAGCACUGGACAGCUAGUUAUACAAGCUUCCACUGUCAUCACCAUUCCGCCUAUGACUGACCCAGUAGUCGUGAACAGAACUACCUUCAUACCGUGCAAGGCUUCUUAUGACGUCAACCUCGAUCUCAUCUAUAUGUGGAACUUCAAUGGAAAACUAAUCAAUUUUGAAAGAGAAUUUCAUUACAGACUGGACAGCAACCCGACCCACACAGGACUCAAUAUCAUUAUGACACAGUUUAAGCAUGCAGGGACCUACGAGUGUAUUGCCAAAACUACGCUGAACCAAGACGCUAAAUCAACAGCCCUCGUGGUAUACGGACCCCCGGGAGAGCCUGGUGGUGUGGUGGGGGUGGACGGAUCGGCGACAGAAAACUCCGUCACACUGACCUUUUUCCCAGGAGCAGAGCACGGCAGCCGCGAGUCACACUUCAUCGUGGAGAGGGAAAUAGAGCACGAGAAAGGGUGGAAAUUGAUAAAUCAACAUUUCCCCGAACCUUUUACGGUUAUACCGGGUGCCAGUAAAAUUCAAAGUGACAUGCGGCAGAUAAAAAUUGAAGGCUUACUUCCUGGAAAUGGUUACAGAUUUAGAAUUGCAGGAGUAAACCAAUAUGGCGUCGGUACAUGGAGUGUAGGAUCACCUUUCCUUGAGACAAAAUCUGCCGAACCAGACGUGGCGGUAGAUUCGGAGUUCAUUGUAGGGGGCAAUGGCAGUGUCGGUGAUCUGAGCAUUAUGUGGAAGAGAAUGGAACCAGAAUUCCAUGGAGCCCCGGAUUUUGGUUACAUCAUCUACUGGCGGAGAUACAAACCUAGCAGUGUCUAUGACGCGCUGUGGAGAAGGGAGGGGCCAUUCCAGGACUGGACAAAAGAUAGACUGACGGUACAGGUCGGCGAAGAAAACUAUUACCUCCCGUACGAAGUUAAGAUCCAAAUCUACAAUGCCAAAGGGAAGGGACCCAAUUCAACGGAGGCGGUAGUGUACUCGGCAGAAGGAAUGCCUAUAGCUGCGCCACAAGGAUUAUAUUGUGACGCACACAACUCCACUGCCAUGUUAGUCACGUGGGAACUUGUGGAAGACACCCGGGAGACCAUGAAAGGAAAAGUGUGGGGAUACCAGGUUAAUUACUGGUUAGAUGGCGAUGACGAGCCUGUAUAUAAACAGUACAUCCGGUAUGAGGGUCAGGUGUCAGAGGGCAUCGUUAUAGGGCUGUUCCCAGACACCAACUUCUGGUUUGAGGUCCAGGUAUUCAACACAGCAGGCCUGGGACCCCUCAGUGAAACCUUCAUUCAGGAAACGCUUCACGAAGUCCCUAAGCUGUACCCCCAGGAGGUGUAUGCUCAUUCGAUGAGUUCCUCCAGUGUCCGGAUCACGUGGAGAGGAAUCAGUACUGCUAGAGAAGAGGAAACCUUAUCAGGAUACAUCGUUUACUUCUGGAAAGCCAACGAUCACUUUAGAAAUGCCGAGCAGUUCGAGACCGUUAAAUUCGCAGUCCAGUAUGAUUUGUAUGGCAUUCAAAAGGGCGUGGUAUACGCCGUGAGGGUAGCGGGAUACAGCGACGGUGGGGAGGGCCGGAAGUCACCCACGGUAUACUUCACGCUGGGAGGUAUGAUACGCCUUGACAACACCACCACCAGUCUGAAGUUUGAGGGAAUUGACGAUUCAGGUCAUCAACACACGCAGUCUCUCACCACCGUCUUGUUAGUGACUCUCUUGGCCAUUGUGACGACAUUCCUAUCCACCAUUAAAAAUCAGAUUCAUUGAAUUACUAAGAUCAGGUUCAAAGAAUAUCUGUCUUGUGGAUCUUUGAAAAUAGACAACCUGGAUCGUGAAGCAUCAUCCGCUCCGGAGCAUUCCGGAAGGAUAUCCAUCUCUGGAAGGGUGGCCACACCCCCUCCUCCGGAGAUGACAUGUCCCGUGGCUGAAAACUGGUGUUAUACACAGGUAAAAGUUGUCAAAUUUUCCUACAUAUGGACAAUCAAUAACUUCAGCUUCUGUCGAGAAGAAAUGGGAGAAGUGUUGAAGAGUUCCACAUUUUCAGCUGGAGCAAACGAUAAAUUAAAAUGGUGUUUACGAGUGAAUCCCAAAGGAUUAGAUGAAGAAAGCAAAGACUAUUUAUCUCUUUAUUUAUUAUUAGUGUCAUGUAACAAAAGUGAGGUUAGAGCAAAGUUCAAAUUUUCAAUACUGAAUGCCAAAAGAGAAGAAACAAAGGCAAUGGAAAGCCAGAGAGCUUACCGUUUUGUACAAGGAAAGGACUGGGGAUUUAAGAAGUUUAUAAGGAGGGACUUUUUAAUGGAUGAAGCAAAUGGUCUUUUACCAGAUGACAAGCUAACAAUUUUUUGUGAGGUCUCAGUAGUUGGUGAUACGGUCAAUGUGUCUGGUCAGUCAAACUGUACGCCGGUCAAAGUCCCCGAGUGUAAGCUCAGUGAUGACUUGGGUGUCUUAUUUGAGCGGUCCUCGUUCAGUGAUGUCACUCUCUAUCUUGGAGGAAGGGAGUUCUCAGCACACAAAGCAGUGUUGGCAGCACGAUCCCCAGUGUUCAAUGCAAUGUUUGAACAUGAAAUGGAGGAGAGCAAAAAAAAUCGCGUAGAUAUAACCGAUGUAGACCAUGAAGUCAUGAGAGAGAUGCUUCGAUUUAUAUACACAGGAAGAGCUCCCAAUUUAGACAGAAUGGCAGAUGAUUUAUUAGCAGCAGCGGACAAGUAUGCUCUAGACAGACUAAAAGUGAUGUGUGAAGAGGCAUUAUGUUCCAGUCUAUGGAUUGACAAUGUGUGUGAAGUUCUAGUUUUAGCAGAUUUACACAGUGCAGAUCAGCUUAAAACACAUGCCAUUGAUUUCAUCAAUAGCCAUGCUACAGAUGUGAUGGAAACUCCAGGUUGGAAAACGCUGAUACAGAAUCAUCCUCAUCUCAUUGCCGAUGCAUUUCGUGCCCUAGCCAGUCAACAAAGUCCGCCUCUGGGACCCCAACGCAAACGCCUCAAGACUUCAUAGUCCUAGUCAUUCAUUACAUUACUUGUGACACAGAAAAGCUAGAAGACAGAUCUGUUGUGCACAUCAACAAUGGAACAGUGGAAGAAAUGAUGGACUUCUUUGUUCUUCCAAAUGACCAUGAACUGUGUAGAUUUUAGUGCUAGAAACAGAAACUGAGUGGUCUUUUCUGUGAUAUUUAAACAAAGGAGAAAACAAUUUCUCUCCAGUCCAAACUGUGAGGUUGUGUGGCAAUCUGCAUAAUUGCAAGUGAUCUACAUAAUGGAAACAAAAGUUGCAAAGUUCUUAUAAAGGGCAAACUCUUUCAUGUUUUAGCAGACUUGUGUAUAGUGAAUUUGCUGUAAAAUAUUGGCACUAAAGGGUCAGUUCAUUAUAGUAAUUUAUUGUCUGUAGCUCAGACCUCUGUAUUGUGAACCAGUUAUCGUUAAUUAGCAAAUACAGUGGCAUGCAAGAAUGUUUUUGUACAUUUUCUUUUCAUUUCCGAGUCUCUUGUUCUUAUUGUACACAACAAUCGAUGGAAUCCGAUGUGAAAUUUAUGUAUUUAAGUGCUUUCUUUUAAUUCUUAUUUGGCAUUCUUUUUUUUCUUUUUUUUUUUGUGCCAGUGAAUAUUUUUAAUUCAAAAACUUAUGUGAAUGUAUAUUUCCAUUUGUUUCAUUGGAAACACUUAUUUAAUAAAUGACAUUUUUUGUAUGUCCAAUGCUUCAUACCUUCAUAUACAAUAUUAAAUGAGGUCAUCAUUA